UUCACAUAAAAACUUAUUUAUCAAAUAAAUAAACACAAAAUAUAUAGAGAAAUUUUGAUUAAAUCACUUAAAAAUACAAGAGAUAACUUUUUUUAUACUGCUCAUCGCAGCACUGAAAACUUAUUUGAAAAGAAACCUUUCGAAGUCACCGAAGCUGGGGAAAAAGUGCAUAGACAGUGCGUAUAAAAACGAACGAGUAUUUUUUCGAAGUAGUGCAGUGUAGUAUUAAAUCAAAAAAUUUGGCAUGAAAUACUUAUUUAUAUUUUGAGAGAAACAAAAUUUUUUGAAAACAUACGAGACGUGCAUACAAUUAGUAUAUUUUCGAAGGGACGCGUGCCUCGUCCUUAAGACAGUGUAAAACAGUUAUUUGCACGAAAUAUAAAAAGAACAACUGCAACAACAAAGCAAUAUCAAUUAAUUAUAAUUCGACAAACGCCAUCGGAUAUCUUCGCAUAUAAUUGUAUUAAAUUGAAUCUCACAACACCUUAAUUCUUCAAACAGCAAAAUACGCAAAAUUUAUAUAUAACCGUCGCUCAUAAACUCUGUUCUUUGCAACGACGGUAACAAUUGUAAAACAAAAAAAAAACAAAAAACCAAUACUUCGCAUAAAUUCGAUAAAAGCUAAUAACUAAUUAUAAUUAAAAACAGCAAAAAUCGAAAAUCACCAGCAUAAAAAUUCAUUCCGAUGGGCACUAAUUCAGGAGCGACCACUGGUAUAAAUAAUAAACCCGUCGGUGCGGGUGGUGCAAGCGGUAGUAGCGUUGUGGGUGGCGGUGGUGGUGGCGGUAGCGGUGUGGGUGGUGUUGGCGGUGUUGGUGGUGUCGGAACCAACAGUUUGAGCGGUGUUGCCGGUGUUGGCGGCCUAGCCGGUGGUAAUGCUAAUAGCGCUGUGGGUGCUGGAGGCAUUGGUACGGGCAGCAACGGAAGCGACGACAGCGCCAAUAGUGGCGGCGGCCCAAGUGGACAAAACAAUCAACAAACUACACCACAAUAUACCAUACCAGGUAUACUGCACUUUAUACAGCACGAAUGGUCUCGCUUUGAGUUGGAACGCUCACAAUGGGAUGUGGAUAGAGCUGAAUUACAGGCACGCAUAGCCAUGCUAUUGGGCGAACGAAAAUGUCUCGAGAGCCUCAAGUCCGAUCUAACACGACGCAUUAAAAUGUUAGAGUACGCUUUGCGCCAAGAGCGUGCCAAAUUCUAUCGACUAAAAUAUGGUACUGAUCCGCCUCAAUUGAACGAAUUGAAACCGCCAACAGAUGAUGCCGGUCUCGGCAGUGAGGUUGCGCCCGAUUCCGAAGUACCCUACAGUUCAGUAUCGAAUACAACUUGGCGACAGGGCAGACAAAUGCUGCGGCAGUAUUUGGCCGAAAUCGGUUACACAGAUAAUAUAAUCGACGUGCGUUCGAAUCGGGUGCGCUCCAUACUUGGUCUCAAUAAUAACUCCGAACAGGAGGAGAAUGUCAGUCCAAACAUCAAUGGCAAUGAGAAUAAUAAGCGUGCUGCGGAAUCCGAGGGUCGUCGCACACCAGCUAAGAAAGCACAACAAAACGAUGCCAUAAUUUUAGAUACUGAAGCAGCGGUAAUGGCUAAUUUUGAAUUUCUUGGCACUACUGAAAUGUCCGAUGAUGAUGAGAUUUCCGAUGAUCUCGAAAUGGUAUCUGGUGAGAAUGAUGAUGCCGAUGUGAAGACUACAAAGCGUAACAAGUGUAGCAAGGAUAUGAUUAGCGAAGAUCUUGAUGCCGAGGUUGGGGAGCAGCUUCUGAAUGAUAUAAAUCUAAUAACCGAAGGAUACUCAUCAUCGAAUACCACGGAACAAUUGAACAACACUGCUAACAACGUAGCUGCCUCAGCCGCGGCUCGGCGCAAUCUCAUCACCGCCGUCACAGCCGGUGGCGACGAAGAGGUUGAUGCUUCGCUUGGCCUAGGCGAGCUUGCUCAACUAACGGUGAAUAACGAGGCGGAGAGUUCGUACGAUGCAAACGCCAAGGACGGCACUGGCGGCGGUACUGGUAGCUACCGCAAAACCUGGAACGCCAAAUAUACGCUGCGUUCGCAUUUCGAUGGUGUACGCGCAUUGAUUUUCCACCCGGAAGAGCCGGUGCUGAUCACCGCUUCUGAAGAUCACACACUCAAAUUGUGGAAUCUACAGAAAACGGUACAAGCCAAAAAGUCAGCUAGUCUCGAUGUGGAGCCAUUGUACACGUUCCGUGCGCACACCGGCCCCGUACUGUGUCUCGGCAUGUCCACUACCGGUGAAUUUUGCUAUUCGGGCGGUUUGGAUGGUAACAUUGAAUGUUGGCAACUACCAUCGCCCAAUAUCGAUCCUUACGAUUGCUAUGAUCCGAGCGUACACUCUGGCACAUUGGAGGGCCACACAGACGCCGUGUGGGGUCUGACUACGAUGCAUAGCAAUAUUGUGUCAUGCUCAGCCGAUGGCACCGUGAAACUCUGGUCGCCGUACACCAAGGAACCGCUGUUGCGCACCUACACUGCUUCCGAGGCUGAAGGUACACCAUCAUCGGUUGAUUUUGUGCGCAACGAGGUGGAUCACAUUGUCGUGGCAUAUAAUAGUGCACAUUGUAUUGUGUAUGACACAGAGACCGGCAAGCAGGUGGUCAAAUUGGAGGCUGCUCAGGAGAUGUCUGGCAAUACGGGGAAAUUUAUUAACAAAGUGGUAUCGCAUCCGACGCUGCCUAUAACGAUCACUGCACAUGAGGAUCGUCACAUACGCUUCUGGGAUAACGUAUCGGGGACGUUGAUACAUUCGAUGGUGGCACAUUUGGAGCCUGUCACGUCGCUCGCCGUGGACGCGCAUGGGCUGUACUUGCUGUCGGGCUCACAUGACUGCUCGAUACGACUUUGGAAUUUGGACAAUAAGACAUGUGUGCAAGAGAUUACAGCGCAUCGCAAGAAGUUCGAUGAAAGUAUAUUCGAUGUGGCGUUCCAUGCUACCAAACCAUACAUCGCUAGCGCCGGAGCAGAUGGCUUGGCCAAGGUGUUUGUUUAAGUAUAAAUUUUGGAUAAAGCGCAAUCUAUAGCAGCACCAACACCAUCACCAAAACCACAACAACAACAACAACAUGUUAGAUGAUACAAAAGAAGCUUGACGGUAGUGAUGUUAAAAUUGAUCAUAAUGACUAAGCGAAGUUGACGAAGCCGGCAGAGGAAUAGAAACGCGUGCAGUAGAACUCCGGACACCGUGGGGAGAAGGAAGUCGAAUAGCAAGCAAUUGAGCGGUUAAACAGUAGUGCAAGUAGAGCUGUAGUUGGUUUAAAUUAACAAAGCAGAAGUAACAGAAACAAAAUAUAUACAAAUAUGAUACAUUUAUUAUUAUGAAAAUAUGGAUUAAGAAGCAUUUCUACUACAUACAUACAACAACAAAAAGAAAAUUGCUAUAUAUAUAUAUGCAUAAUAAAUAAAUAAUAAAACUUUUCUAAAAAAAAAACAAAAAACAAAAAGAAAAUAAAAAAUAAAACAAAAAUUAAAACUAAAUUAAAGAGCAUUCAUGAAUCUGAUGAAUGUUUCCCAUGUCUUAGAAGUAGCGCUAGAGAGUACAUAUUUGCGAACGCAAGCGGCAAACGAAUGAUAUACUCAACCACAAUUGAAUACGUGUAUAUUAAGUGUAUGAAUAAAUUUAAAAUAUAUGUAGCUUACAAAUACAAACGA